AAAAAAAUAGUUUAAUAGAAGGGGGAGGCUUUAAGACUGUCUUUUCUUCCUCUAUCCGCUGGGCGGUAGUUAAGUCAAGAUGCCGGAAUCUAGAGUCGCUGUCUUUCUCGGUGUUGAUAUCGGCAUCACAAUGCUGGCUCUAGGCGUGGUUGUACUGAGAGUCGUGAAUCGAUGGUCGAGGGGCCGCCUGGCGAUUUCAGACUAUUUGGUGAGCAUAGCUAUGCUCGCUGCUAUUAUACAUAUGAUUCUUGAUAUCAUCAUCACAGCUCGGUUUGGCUAUGCUCGCCACCAAAAAGACCUCCCACCCAGCCUCCAAGGAUCCUACAAGACCUCUCUCAUGUUUUGGCUCAUCCAAAUUUUCACCAAACUCCCCUUAUUGUUCAGCAAGCUCUCUUUGACAUUUGUCUAUCACGAUCUCAUGGACCCCCGCCUCGAAUUUACCCUGAUCAGAAUCUCCCGUGCGGUCAACUACUUUCUCAUGGUCGUUAUCGCAGGCUUCUUCACCGCCGCCACGCUCGUGAGUAUGUUCGCCUGCAACCCGAUCUACAAGAGCUGGCUGCCCAAGACUCCGGGCAAAUGCAUCGAUACGACUAUCAUGUUCAACUAUGUCACUAGCGGUAUCAACAUCUUCACCAGCGCAUGCCUCAUUUGCAUCCCUUUGCCGGUGCUAUAUCUGUCUAAGAACAAGGGGAUCGAGGUUAAACAACUCACAGCCCUGGUCCUUUUUGGGUUGAUCGACACCGCAAUCUCCAUCAUCCGCCUCCGCAUGAUCGCAGAUCUUCAAAACGUUAAAAAAGACUUCACCUGCAUGUACCCGCAUCCUGGCAUAUGGCUUAUCAUCCCCACUCACAUUAUUAUCGUCGUUGAAAUGAAUAUUACAAUCAUCGCCGCCUCCGUUGUCGUCAUGCGGCCUGCCUUCAAAGCCAUAUUCGAGUUCUUCUUGUCUUUACGUGGCAGCCACAAGAAGUCCAGCAAUGAGGAGUCCAUUAGCAGCAGAGAACAGCCGAAUCAGGAGAUUCGUGUGGUAAGAGAGUUCGAGUUGGCGAGCGAGAAUGACAGUAAGGAGCAUAUACUUUUAGGUAAUCUUUGAGUUGGGAUUAUAUCAGUUGCGCUAUUUUAGACGAAUGGUAAUGCUAUAACGUCCGUUUUCAAGUAUCAAGUUCAACCGUUGCAGUUAUGUAUUUUCAGCUAUUUUAUUAACUAUUGUGGUCUUAAAGCAGUCUAGGGUAAAUGAAUUAUAUGUACC